GUUUAUGUAAAAUCUUGGUGCGGGAUGGCUUUGUUAAUGUAAAAAUAUUGUUAAAUUCACAAUUAUUAAAGGUUUUGGACUAAAUAUACACUUUAUUUUUAUACUACACCCUCCACAUUAUCGAUGUCAGAUAUCUAGUCAGCGAAAAAUUUCGUCGAGAGAGAAAAAGUAACGAUGGAAAAAAUGCCGGGCGCGCCCCCACAGCAGUUCUGCGUCAGGUGGAACUCCUACCAAUCCAACCUGCAAAAUGCCUUUCCGAAAUUGUUGACCUCCGAACAUUUCGUCGACGUGACAUUGGCGUGCGAAAACGAGAUGCUCAAGUGUCAUAAAGUGGUGCUCUCCGCAUGUUCGACGUAUUUCGAAAAACUGCUUCUGGACAAUCCAUGCCAGCAUCCCAUCAUUUUCAUGAAGGACAUGAAAUUUUCCGAGAUGCAAUCCUUAGUGGACUUCAUGUACAAAGGCGAGGUGAACGUGACGCAAGACGAUCUCCCAUCUCUACUGAAAAGCGCGGAAGCCCUGCAAAUUAGAGGUCUGUGCGGUAGCGAUCAACUCCUCAACCCUCAGAACUUCGGCGCUCUGAAAGCGCAGCAAAUAGUGAGCGCGGCAACACCGCGACCAAUGUUGCCGGCACCGACGCCCAACUCCGACAUCAAGACCAACUGCAUUUCUAAACCCGCUGUCGUGACCCCAGGAGCCGUGGAAAAUGUCAAAAAAGAUGAAAAAGUUGAACAAGGUUCAGAAAGUAAUAAUGCUACGUCCUCAGAUAAUGAUUCAAACGAUGGAAUGCUUCAUAUAAAAGAGGAUAUUGAAAAUGACAUGGACGAAGAUGACUCCUACUUCGACGGUGACGGAUUAAUGGAUACUGAAUUUAAUGAGGAGGAUGGCGUUGUCAACACUGGAGGAAUGGAUGUGAAAUCAGAAACCCCUGAAUUCGCUAUUGCCAACGUGUCAUGUCAAUAUGACGGCACACCAGGUUCGGCAAACAGACGCAUCAGAAGGUCAGACGAAGAACUGCGUAGGGCCGCUGAAUGCAUAACCAGAGGACAAACUUUCCAAACAGUAUCCGACCAGUUCAACAUACCAAUUUCCACCAUAAGGUUCUACAUGGCAAGAAAGGGAAUCUUACCGAGACGCAAACGCGGCAGGGCAUGCGCAGGUCCAACAGGCAUGGGCAUGUCGAUGGGCGGUAUGCAAGUUUCGUCUUACAACACUCCCGGAAACACGUCGCCCAUCGGCCCCCCCUAUCACAUCGUUCACUACAAAUUGCCCCAAUUGGGGGUCAGUAAGUUAAAAUAAGAACAAUAAUAAUGAGGGUUUUAUUAUUUUUAUGAUGAUAUUGCAAUUUUUAGUUUUUAAGUAUUUUUUAUUCAGUAUACUUUUUUAACGUAAUACAGAGCGAAUUAGAUUUGUUGAACCAAUAUUGUGUCACAAAAAUGUGUUGGUCCCACAAAUCUUAGCUAUGCUAUACACCCUGUAUUUUUUUUGGGAAAUAGUGUACAUAUUUUUUUUAUCUUGCCAUUUUAACGUGUCCCAGUGUUGUGUCCUUUUUUUUAAUUUGUUAUAUUUAUU